AUGGCCUCGGCUCUGUGGUGUGUUCUUGUCCUUACACAAGUAGUGCACGCGGCCACCUCGAACAGCACGACAACAGAGACCCCAACGGUGACUACUGCAGCGCCCUCAGUGUCGACCAACACCCCGGCGGGAACCGUCGCGGCCACAAGCCCAACGACAACCACUACAACUACGACUACAACUGCGCCUUCGGUGGACACGGCGUACAUUUGCAGCGGCGAUGAAGUAGCCCGGCUCACCAAGCUCAACGCGAACAAUGCGUACCUGCAGUCCGCGUGCACCGACGCGGCCGGCAUCAGCGCUUACGAGUUCCCGUUCAACGGCGAGCUCAGCUACGCGCAGAUGGUGGCCAUGAGCUCCGUCAGCCAGUGCGAGUUCUACUUCCGCGCGGUGCUGCUGGUGCAGCUGCAGGAGUGCGUGGACGCCAACGUCUACGUCCGCACAACGGCCGAGACCAUCCUGCAGCUCGGGGCCACCUCGGGGAGCGCGCCGACCGAAGCCGACGUCAACGCGGCGAUGGCGGUCCGGAAGGCCUACAACUUGGCUCUGCGGGACGGAGGCGGCUCCGCCACCUACUCGGACAUGAGCGGGGCGUCCGCUUUGACCUGGAACAUCGAGGGCGACACCAUCGACACGACGGCCACGGCCACCAAGACCGGGCAGUUGGUGCUGAGCACGGACUUGCAGGUCAUCGGCACGUAUUACGCCUCGCCGGGCUCGUCCUCCGCCUCCACCACGUCCACCAUUGAAGACUCGCGGACAACAGGAGACGACACGGCCAGCUCUAGUGCUGUUCAACAAGAAAACUCUGCGUGGCUCGCAGCCAUGCUGACAGUCGCGUGCACUGCCUUGUUGUUGAACGUUAGCUAG